ACCCUCUCUCUUCAUUCACAACCAACUAAAGUCUUCUCUCUAUUCGCUAGCUCUCAGAGGACAGACAUCAAACAGAUGGAGGGUCUUAUUCCUUUCGUGUACAGAGCCAUAGUACAACAUAGGAAUGGCAAAGAUGGGCUUUUAAAUUCAUGGCUCACCGAGUCCCCUUCCGCCUCCUACUACGUCCGACUCCCAGGCGAUUCGGGUCGAUUCCAGAAUUCGGAUUUACAACUUUUCCGAUCCGAUUAUGGGCCCAAUUCUACUUCUACCACCUCUCAGAUUGUUGUUUCAACCGGCGUUCAAUCUCCGGCUCGUCGUUUAUCUGCCCGUCGAGUUGCCACAUGAUUGUAUGUAUCAAUAGAACAGCAUCUAUGGAAGCUCAUACUUUGUGGGUCGUUGUGGCAUUUGUGUGUAAAGUCAGUUUUAUUUCUUUUGUUUCUUUUGUGUCAAGCUUGUGGUGAUGAGCGUGUGAGAAACCAAAGGGGGCUUCGCGCUUUAGCUUUACCAUCAGUGGGAAACUGAAAGGUGAAGGUAUUAUUAGAACAGGAUUAAGCGUGUGGAAAACCAAAGGUGCCACAUGCUCUGUCUCGCUACUAUGAAAUGUGUAUAUAAUGAAUGUAAUGUGUUUGAUCGCCGAAGUGCCUAACUACGUUUGCUAUUAAAUCAAGGUUCUGUUUCUUGUUGGUUAAA